AUGGAAGGUCCAAACACAAAGCCGUACAAGCUGCCUUCGGAUGCCGUUUGGUUCAUCACUGGCUGCUCUUCAGGAAUCGGUCAGGCUCUGGCUACGCUAAUCGCCAAGUCCCCAAAUCGGGUCGUGGCGACCGCGCGCAACACGUCGGCCCUCUCGGCCAUCCCAGGCGGUGAUCGAGUUCUCAAGCUCGAGCUCGACGUUACGUCAGUUCCCUCUAUAGACGCCGCACUCCGUGCCACGAUAGAGAAGUUUGGUCGCAUUGAUGUCGUCGUUAACAAUGCCGGUUACACGCUAGCCGGCGACGCGGAAAGCACCGAGGAUGGUGAAGCUCGGGCUGUCUUUGACACUAACUUCUGGGGUAUGGCGGACGUGAGCAAGAGAGCUUUAGGCAUCUUCAGAGACGAGAACCCCAAGACAGGUCAACAAGGUGGUGUGAUUGUUAACGUUAGCUCGGUUGGCGGAUGGUCCGGGUUUCCCGGUCAGGCAUUUUACCAUGGCAGCAAAUUCGCCAUGGAGGGUUGGACAGAGGCCGUAGCCAAGGAACUACCCACAUCGUGGAAUAUUCAUCUCACCAAUAUCGAGCCUGGCGGAGUGAAGACCAACUACGCGACCUCUUCACUGAAACCGACGGCAAAGCGACACCCCGCAUACAGCGAUCCCAGCAGUCCUGCCAACCAGCUGCUGGGCUACAUACAGAGCGAGCAGGGCCGCAGCAUGUGGGCGGAGCCAAGCGCCUUGGCUGCCGCUAUUUACCAAGUCGUGAGCCGUGGAUCCCGCAUCCCGAUCCGUAUUCCCCUGGGCGCUGAUGCGCAUGGCUUGGUCUCCAUGGACCUUGAGCAAAUCAAGAAGGACCUGGAUGAGUUCAAGGACAUUAGUCUGGGCGUUGGUGAUCCAAAGCAGAUGGAUACGAUUGAUUUCUUGAAAUAG